AUGACAAUGUACCACAUGCAGAAAGCUUCAUCUUUGCCAAAGAAUUUAACAACAUUGAAGCCCAGUCCUACUAUUUCUGAUGUUGGAGUUGCUAAGAACUGUGUUGAGCUCUACCAUUCCGGUCAAAGGAUCAGCGGUGUUUACACAAUCGACCCAGAUGGCUUAGGCGCCUUUAGUGUAUAUUGUGAUCAAACCACUUCUGGUGGGGGAUGGACAGUCUUUCAGAAGAGAAUGGAUGGCUCUGUUGAUUUUAAUCGCACCUGGAAUGACUACAAACAUGGCUUCGGUAACCUGGUCGGUGAAUUUUGGCUUGGACUGGACAAGGUAAACCGUCUGACACAAAACAAAACAAAGAAUAUCCUUCGAAUAGAUCUGGGGGUAACUACGCGCCAAACUGUUCACGCUGAGUAUGAAUGGUUUGGGAUUGGGAAAGAGACGGCUAACUACCGGCUGUACAUUGGCAAUAUGACAAAUGCAACUGUUUCCUCUGAUUCCCUCAAUCC